AUUUUUAUUAUUUUUUUUUUUUAUUUUUAUUCUUUUCGAUAUAGAAAUGUCAAUACGAAGUAGCACAUUAUUUGUAUCGCGAGAAGUUGUGGCAUUCAAGGUACCACCAGGAGAAGUUGUUCUGUCGAAUUGGAGUCCACCAUACAUAUGGCAAGGAGGACUUCGUGUGGUUGAGGAAGAACGUUUGCCCGAUAUUGUGGACCAUUACGCCCAUACAGGUGGUGGUGCGGCCAUUGAUGAAAUGGUUAAGCCUCCAGAGAAGCCAUUCUUUGCCAUGAGACUCAAACUUGAGCUAUUCAAUCGACUUUCGGUGGAUAAACCACCGGUGAUAUGGGCCGAGGUAUGGUACAACCCAUUGGAUACCAGUGCAUACAAUUGUGUGAUUGCCAAUAAUGGCGAAGAUACGGUUCAAUUGGCUCUGGACUCCCCGCAACACCUCAAGGUAUUUGCACAAUUUCCUGGUUCAGGUUACAAACCGGUGGAUGAUCAAUCAGAUCACAUUACAGUAGAUCGACCAAUUCAAGUUGCCUUGGGACUUCAAUUUAAAGAACCUGAAGAUUCUUGGAGAUUUUUAGAAGUAUUGGAUCGGUAUCAUACUAGAUAUUCAGCAUUGAUAGAGAGUUAUAACUAUGAAAUAAGACUUUUAAACAUUGAAAGAGACAUGCAAAAUGGAAUUGAGAAGUUACUGAUUAAGGAAAGGGAAACCCCAGGAAAGAUUAUGAAUCAAGCUGAGCAAGAUGAACAAGAAGAACAAAUUCAGAAAGAACUAUAUCUUGACAAGCAAAUUCACGAUGAUAAUGACGACAAUGAUGAUGAUGAUGAUGAUGAAGAUGAUGACGAAUUUGGAGAUUUUGUAGAAGUAUAAUGUUAUAGAAAAACUUGGAGAUAUCGUGGAUAGAUAAAUAUAUUUAUAAUAGACGUUCUU